CGAGUUUGUUCUGCUCUUGCGCUUUUGCCAUUGGCGCCCUUAUGCGAGCUUUGGCUUUCGUGCUUCCAGCGAUCAGCGAGCGAGAGAGCUAGAGUUAGCUGUUAGCUAGUGUGCGCCCCCGCUAGUUAGAGAUGGAGUUCUUCGCCCGCUUGACUCCCUUCGAGGAGCGGGUCUGGGAGGUCAUUGAGGGGGCCUUGGCUCUCGGGGAGAGGAUUGCCCACCAGGUCUCCAGAGCCACCGGAGACGCUGCCGCUGGCGCGUGCGAGGCCCUCUUCUCUCCUCUCUGCGAGUCUGCCCCCGACUCGCAGUCCUCUCCUCUCUCCAGCAGCCAGGACGUCGAGGCCCUCGCAAGCAGCGCCCUUCCACAGGAGCAGCACACUUGCGAGGUGACCUCCGACGAGACUCAGGGAUCUGAACAAACCCACGAUGCUUCCAGCGAGGUGGUCCCUGGACCUGGCAGAGACGGAUGUUUUGGCGCCACUGAGGGGGCACUGCCUGCAGAUGGGGGGAAGGAUAUGGAGGGGAAGGAGGGCGCAGGCAGUGGAGGGUCUCUGGAGGCAGUUUCGGCAGAGCCCAGCGGGAGGGCCUGCCACGCUGAGGAGUUGGGGGGGCCGUGCUCGUUCAUGGCCAGCGCUUCCAGCGCGCUGUCUUUCUACCCCCCCUUCAGCUCCAGUCCUGAGGCUUCUGCAUCUUGCGAGUCGCAGCCCGAGGGAGAGCAGAGCCUCGCUGGAGAGAUCCCGAGGGGGCAGGGAGCUGAACAAGCUCAUGAUGCUUUUGAUGACCUCCCUGCCCCAGUCAGAGAUGAGCUGGCUUCCUCCGAGCAGCUCAAACAGAGUCAGCUGCAGGCUUACGAGCGGAGCCUGACUGCCUGCGGAGCGGUUCUUGCUUGCGAGGAGGGGGUUGCGAUGGAGGGCAGCGAGGAGAGGAAGGGAGCUGCGGUCCUGGUAGACGAGAGGGGGUGCGGGUUUGCGAAUCUGGACGCGCUUUGCCUGACCCGCAUCAUGAGCUGCUUGGACGACGCCUCCCUCCGGGCGUGCUCUUUGGUCUGCUGCGAGUGGCUUGAGACUUCAAACUUUGCACGGCACCACCUGAGCUUGCAGAAAGUCUCCCAAUUUGAUGCUCUGGAAGAGAUCCUCGAGCGCUUCCCUAGAAUCGAGAGCGUCCAGGUUGGCGAGGAGGAAGGGACUCCGAUCGCAGAGCCGCCCUUUAGUAACGCCUCGCUCAGACUCGUUGGUCGCGGCUGCCCUGGUCUCCGCUCGCUUGACCUGGUGCACUGUUCGGCGAUCACGGACGCGGGGCUCGAGGUGGUGCUCAGGCGCUGUGGAAACCUAACGGCGCUGCGCUUGGAACAUUGCGAGAACGUCAGCGGCACAGCCUUCUUCUGGCUGGCCCCGUGCAAGAUUGAGUGGCUGGCACUUCGCUGGUGCGGCUUGCUGAACUCGGGGCUGGGAGCUGCCGCAGCGGCGUGUCCUGAAUUGAAGGAGCUCGAUGUCAGGGUGAAGGAGGGGGGAUUUCCGGUGGCCAAGGGCCUCGAGCGGGUGGCAGAGCAGUGCCCCAAGCUGGAGCGAGUGACAUUUCACACCUGUGGGGUCACUGACACCACCCUUAGGAGCUUUGCCACUGGCUGCCCUCUCCUAGAGCAAGUUACCAUUGCUUGCGAGCAUGACAUCAGCGACGCUGGGGUUGCGGCCCUCCAGCAACAUCUGCCCCUGCUCAGCAGCAUCACCUUGUUCAACAACCGCCAGAUUAAGAAGAUACCACGCAGCCGGCAAAGCCCACAGAUCAAAAACCUGGGGAUAGGUGCCUGGUUGGAAACACCCGAUACCGUGCUGCGGCAAGUGACUGAAGAGGGGGGGCUGGAAGAUCUUCGGAUAGCCAGCUGCCCCGCUCUAACUGAUACCACUGUUGAGAAGAUCUUCACGUGCUGUCGUCACCUAAAACACCUGGUCCUUGCGCAUUGUGAGCUUUUGACUUCGGAUGUUUUGAGGGCGUAUGCACAGAGCGGCAUUCAAGCCCGGCUAGUAAUCCUUUCGUGUAAGGGGCUCCAAGAAAGCAUGUUGCCUGCAGACAUGCGGUUUGCAGGCAAGGUAUCCAUCACUUAAUUAUGAGAGUUAGAACAGGGCACGCAAAUGAAGGAACAGGUCGCCGGAACUGACUGUGUUUGCUGCCUUUUAAACUGCUUAGCAUAGGACGGUUUACCUUAUCUAUUUAUUUAACUGCAAUUAUAGAGGGACGGCUGCAUCAGGACAAAUGAUUAUUACUAUACCUAAUUGAAAAGUUUAAAUAGAGAUUUUCAAGGUCUUAGGCUAGAUUGCCAGCUGAGUACCAUAAACAAUAAAAACAACUCAGUGGUCCGGCUUUAGUAGAACGAGUUCAAGGAGAAUAUUGACCGCGUACUGGGCCUGUUACAUUUACGAUGAUAUUUGGAGACACCGACAAUUGUAAAGUUUUUACGCUUCCGAC